GCCCCCUCUGUUACUCAGCACAUGACUGCUUAUCAUCGUCAGUGCGGAGCUGCUGUUACCUACCCGCCAGUGUCUGGAAUGAGCUUCUCAGAAAGAAGCAGCAAGCAGCAAGAGCCACGUGUGAACAAACGUCAGUGAAGAAGCAGCAAGGCUCAGGGUCGCUGCUUACGAGCUCUUCGCGGCCGAUCGAGACCGCUGAGCUUGGUCUGUCAGCCAGCUCGGAUAGCGCUCGCACAGCGUGCUUCCCAGUGAUUAUGUAUGGCCUCUGGUCGGUAGGCUGGAGAGGGAGAAAAAUAACCAUGUUGGGCGACACGAUGCUCGGAAAGUAAUUCUUGAAACGACCCUUUAAAAUCUUUUUCAGAAGUUGCGAUUUCAGCCUCGGCACUGGGCAGUUAAUUUUCCCUCCAUCUCAGCAAUGAUGAUACUGUGGCUAAUGGCUGGAACCCUGUGUCUGGGAGUCUCUGUUUCAAUUUUAGCACAUGACCCAGUAACAACCUUUGAGAUUCCUCCAUGGAAUUUUACGAUGCUGUGCACACUGCACAAGCAAGCAGCUGUCGUAAAAGAGAGAAGCUGGCAGCUCCAGCCACACAGGAAUUCAAGCAGUCGCCACUCUUCGCUUAACGAGCAUGUGAGAAAUGCAAACACAUCGCAUUCAAAUAGCAUCGGCCCAAACGGAUUGCAUAGCCAAGAUGGCUUCAGUUGUUGUCUCUGGAAAGAAGCUGAUUUACAUUGUCCUGCAAAUUUCAUCACCGAGCAAAGUAUCAGAAUGAACAUAAAGUGUUGGACAGCUGGAGACUUUUCACCGUUUGUCUGUAACUUGAAGCCGAGUGUCUGGAAAAUCAGCAAGUUUGUAAAAUAUAGAAUACACCAUCUGGAUGUGUUAUCAUUUGCCCAGAAGGAAGGCAACUUGUCAAUGUAUGUCAAUGACUGCGUGCAGAAUCAUAUAAUUAAGUGCAUGAUAUCUUCCAUCGAUUUAAAUCGCAAGUAUUUAAUUUGGCUAGAACUGAUCUCCAAUUCUGGAACUUUCCAGUCACCUCUGAUGUGUGUCACACCUAUUGAUAUAGUUCAGACAAAUCCUCCAGUAGAUCUUCAAACUGAAAUGACGUCUGAAGGCUUUUUCAAACUAAGUUGGACAGGUCCAAAUCCUGAACCUUACCUGCUCCAGUUUGAAGUCAAAUAUUCAACAGGGAUCCCAGAAAGAAUCUGGAAGGUCAAGAAUGUCUGGGAAAGCUCUUUGGUCCUUCGUGAUUUGCAGAGUGACCUUUCUUACUUAGUUGUUGUUCGCUGCAAGCGUCGCAAUGGACCAGGGUUUUGGAGUGAUUGGAGUGAAGCUAUUCAGGUGGAUGUUCAAGAAAUUACUUAUUACCCUCCUCAAGUGCUGACCACAGUUGGCUCGGAUGUUACAGUGAGGUGUGUUUUUUAUAAUCAGACUCUAACCACUAACAAUGUCGCCUGGUGGUUAAACAUGAAUGAAAAAAUUCCAGACCAUCAAUAUACUUUAAUCAAUGAUCAUGAAACCAGUGUUACUCUCCUCAACGUAACAGCAAAUGGACAAUCCCAGUGCAACAUGCUACAGUGUUGCCUUCAAAAUGAAGAAAGGAGUAUAUGUAACUUUCGUUAUGCUGAAAUAUUCGUAAUUGACAUGAAAAAUAACAUCUCAUGUGAGACUAACGGUGCAAUGGAAACAAUGAUCUGUAGAUGGCUCCCAAGAACACUGAAAACAGAAAUAGUCAGUAAUUACAAACUAAAGUAUUACAUGAAAGGGUCUUGGUGUGAUAACCUAAAAUUUGAAGAUGAAAAUGCUGAUAUUAAAGAAUGCCCUGUGGUGAUUAAUGAAUUUUAUGAGUGUCAUAUAAAGCCUAUCAAUCUCACCUUUGGCCAUGUGAUGUGGUUAGAAUUCCACCAUCAAGAAGCAACAUUCAAAUCUCCACCAAUCUGUGUUAUUCCAAUGGAUGUAGUGAAACCUUGGGCGCCAUUCAAUGUUGAUGCAGAAAUCACCCAAAAUGAAGGUUGUCUCAAUAUAAGCUGGGAGAAGCCACACCUACCACCAUACAAUCUUCAGUUUGAAAUUCAGUACACUGAGGAUGGAAUGGAGGGUAACUGGAAGACUUUAUUUGCUGUCAAUAAAACAUCAGUCAUUGCAGAAGUAGCUGAUCCUUGUGUAGUGUAUGUGGUUCGAAUACGUUGUUCUAGAUUUGAAGGACCUGGAUACCACAGUGAAUGGAGCAGUUUAGUGAACACCAACUUCGCAGAUAUCCAGGUACCAACAACAGGGCCCGAUUUUUGGAGACUUAUAGACAGGGAUCCUUUGACUAAAGAGAUACAUAUCACACUAGAAUGGAAGCCUCUGACAAAAGAUGAAGCCUUAUGUAGUGUGAAAGGCUAUAUGUUGAAAUAUGAAUCAACAGAAAACAAUACCUGGCUGGAACAUGUUGAAAAUGUUACAAGUUACAGCUUUCUUCUCAACAAUGACAUUAGAAGGGUAUCAGUGAUCGCUUUCAAUUCCAUUGGUUCUUCUAGAAAGAAUUUUAAACUAAAUUUCCCAGAGGACAACAGCAAAGCAGUACAGAUUCUUCGAUCUCUUCAUGCCUCCCUGAUCAACAACAGUUGUGUGAUUGUUUCUUGGAGCCUGUUCCCUAUGAAUCCCGAACUGACAUCUUUUGUGAUAGAAUGGAAAAGCCUCCCACCUAGUGAUGGGCAGAAGGUGAAGUGGAUGAGAGCUGCUACAAACAUCACAAUGGCAUAUAUUUUUGACCAUUUUUCUCCAUCUCGACAGUACCAACUGACAGUAUAUCCAAUUUUGUCUGAAGGGGAAGGACAGCCAACCAGUUUUUAUUUGAAAAUCAACGGAGAGGUGGCAAAGACCAACAAUGAUGGAUUGCAGAAUGUUAUCUUACCGCUUGUAUUUUUGUCAUCGGUUUUAUUGAUUGGAACUUUUCUAAUUUAUAAGCACAGAAUAAGACAUCGUGUCUGGAAAGAGGUCCCCAAUCCUAACAAGUGCUCUUGGGCUCAAGAAAUUGACUUUAAAAAGUCGCUCACUAAUGCAAAUAUAUUUGGGAAACACCAUGAAGGGCUGAUGCCUGUUGUCCCACUCCUUGUAGAACCAGAAAUAUUUUCUGUGGCCAUCGUGGAAGAGAUUGCACAAUUUGAAGAAGAUAAAGAUAUAAUUGAUGUGAAUUCUGAAAGUGAAAUAGUUUCAGAGCUACAUCCAGACACAUCUAGAGUUCAGAUGCUUUAUGAAAGUGAAGAUUCACAUGAUGAAAUGGAAAGUGAUGUGGAAACAACUUAUGGACAGAACACAGGGCUGUCGAACAUUGAUUAUUCAAAGAUUAUGAUAAGUGUAGAAGCAGACACCCUUCGCAAAAAACGGAAGUGUAUAAGCAGCAAUUCAGAUGAAGGCAUGUAUUCAGAUAAUGAAACUGAUGCUUCAGGUGCUGAGGCUAACAACCUAUGGGAACUUGAAAACCAGACUUUCUUGCAGCUAACGCAAACUGAUGAAACCAAGUCACGUUCUAUUAAUUCGUCAGAGGGCUUUUCUGAACUUCAAGACCAAGAAAACAAAGUCCUACACAGUGGAAAUGAGGAAGAAUUGGAUUUUUGCUACUUGGGGCAGUCGUCAUUUGACAACAACAUAAACAGUAACACCACAGGACACAACGCUGAAGAAUUACCAUUUCCGAAAAGUUAUUUGCCAGUGGAGUUUCAGGAUCCUUCUGAAACUUAUUCAAUAUCUUACCUGGAUUCAUUGCUGAAGUUCAGCCUGAAUGAAGAUCAUUCUUCUCAGAUGAAUUUCAGCUCAUAUAUGCCUCAAUUCCAAACAAAAACACAUAACCACUCGAUAAUAGACAAUACAGAAGAUCAAGUAUCAUCAAAUCAUCUUAAUGGUUUUUCUGCAGUUGACUGAAGAUUUUGUCUUUGUUAAAAUUGUAUUGUAUGCAUUGUUCACGCUCACUUUUAAAUCCAUUUCAAACCCAAAAAGUAUGUUGCCUGAAGUUGACCUUCCCAUUUGAGCUAGACAGUUCAUACUUGCAUUCUUUUUAUUUCGUGAAACCUGAAAGAGUGUGAAGACACAUUGCAACCAAUUCAGUAAAAAGUCAGAGAAGAUUAGAUAAAUCAGCAAAUAUUGAUGAAGUAGAGUCAAACUUCAAAACUUGCAGGAGGUAAGUUCCAUUGUUUAAAAAGCAUUAAUUAUGAAGCAAAAUGUUGAAAUUAGUCUUGAUAGUUAUAUAGACUGCAGAAUGGAGAAAACACAUUUAGGACAGUACAUUUGAAUUUGACAGGAAAGUUCAGAGGAUGACAACAGAAGGAUCAAUAAAUUCAGAGUAAAGAAAGCCUGUAUCCUAAAAGUUGUCAAAAUAUUCCUUCUCUUGGUCACCCUCAGUCAUUUGAACACGGUCUGAUUAAAAUGAAUGAAAUGCUAUUAUUUCCACAAGUACAUUAUUACAGUAUAUAGAAUUGUGUACUUAAUUAUCAAACAAUAAAAUAAUCCUGAUUGUCAUUUCUGCUAUAAUUAUGUAGUUCAGAAAUGGAGACUCACUGCCCAUGCACCUGUUAUCUUUUAAUUGAUAGAAUUAGUAUGAAAAAAAAUCAGUUCAAACCAUUUACAAAUGUAACCACUCUUCAAUUUGUUUUUAUUUAACAGACAACAAUUACUACUAAAUUACUUGCAACAAGUGCCUUAGCACGACUGUUUUCUUUUAAUCUUUUAGUUUUCUCCUUCUUGCAUCCUAUGUUGAAAUCAAGACUAAUGCAACAUUAGUAUUUUUUAUGCAUUCAUUCAAACUUAAUGUGAGCCUUGAGGGAUUUGGCCAGUGUUAGUCUACUUAGAGAUUGGCAAGGGAAAAAGUAGCGCGGAUUCCUCCUUUGACUACUGUUCAGUGUCACUAGAAGGUGUCUGUGUACAGGGAGAGCAGAUCAGAUCAGAUUUGAUUCUCAUUUGAUUAAAUAGACUGCUGCAUACUCAGAGUGCAGCCAAAUACGAAAGCUCCCUCUCAAUCAACCUACCAACAAUCUGCUAUCAACUGCUGAAUUGAAUGUCACCACUAAUCAGUGUCUUUAGUGUUCUCAAGAGAGGGGAGAAUUGAGAAGAAGCCUGCUCAACAAACAGAUGUAUGUCAAUUGUAGUAUCAAUAAUUGGAGAACAAAACAAAAGGAGAAAAGUUGUGGUUUUAAAACUGAAAGAACUGCAAAUUCUGGAAAUCUGAAACAAAAACAGAAAUUGCUGGAAAAGCUCAGUGGGUCUGACAGCUAAGAGUCACUGGACCCAAAAUAUUAACUCUGAUUUCCCUCCAAAGAUGCUGCCAGACCCACUGAGAUUUUCCAGCAAUUUCUGUUUUUGUUUCAAGGCUCUUGUCUUGUCGAUUCAAGAACCUGCUCUGGUUUAUGCUCCCUAUAUGCUGCUACGUGCUGAUUCUUGUUCGGCCCAUAUCUAUCAAGAACAUUGUAUGUAGUUAUUUUUGGCGAGUGUUUACGUGAUCAGUGAAGGAAUUUUUCACAGGAAGGAAUUUAAGUUGUUUGCUUGGUAAAAUCACAUGGCAAUGGUACAGAUCACCACCAUGAUGACCAUGAAUUUCCUUCAACAUAAUGCUGUAAAUGUGGCUGGUAACUCGUGUGUGCGCAAAUUGUGGAUUCUACACUGCAUCGAGCGUGGGAGCAGUCUGUGGAACUGCUAACCACUAACCACAUGACAUGGAAUUUGGUUUCCCUUUUUCUCUCCCAGCUUGUUUACAUUUUCCUCCAAACACUGUUUGAUUAUUUUUGAUCCAUUUAUCAAUAAAUGGCAUUUGCAAGAGUUGAGAUACUUCCUUAGGGUUCUAAACAUUUCUGUCACAGCUGGUUUAUUGGAAAUUAAUAGAUCGCUGAUCACCUAUGUAAUUUGCCAAAGGUCAGUGACAUGUUGGACAGUCUCAAAUUUUCCUUUACAAUCCAAGAUAAGUGUUCCUAAUAAAUAUGGAAAUACUAUCGCUAGAUUCACGAUGGUGAAGCGAUAUAGCUCGUCUGUUCUUUUACUUAUUCCUCCUUUCAAACAAUCAACCAUGAACCAGCUGGUUAGGUGACAUCUGUAGUCAGAAACUGAACAAAUCUUUCAAGGAACUGGAUCAUAGAAUUCCUACAGUGUGGCCAUUCAGCCUAUCGAGUCCGCCCUGAUCUUCCACAGAGCAUCCGACCCAGAGUUUUGAGAAGAACUGUAGCCUGGGUCGUGGAUGAAGUUGUAGACAGGCUAGCCGAGCUGGUGGGUUUGAAUGAAAACGGUUCUUCACCCUGCUAGAUAACAUCAUCAGUGUGCCUCCAGUGAACCUUGGUGAUGAAACAUUUGCAUCCAAACCCACCGGCUCAGCGAGCAUGUCUACAACCUAUCCCACCUACACCCACACCCCUACCCUAUAACCUUGGAUUUCUGGUGGCUAAUCCUCAUACCCUACAUAUCCCUGGACACUAUGGACAAUUUAGCCUUGCCAAUCUACGUAGUCAUAAAAUCUUUGGACUGUAGGAGGAAACCAGAGCACCUGGAGAAAACCCACGCAGACACAGGGAGAAUGUCUACACUCCGGACAGACAUUUGCCCAAGGCUGGAAUUGAACCUUUGUCCCUGCCACUGCGAGCAGCAGUGCUAACCACUGAGCCACUGUGCUGCCCCAUCAGGCCUGGUCUAAUGAAAAGCCACAGUCUUGAAAUGUUGAGCUAAAUUUUCAUGAAGUUGAGAAAACUCUGUAGUGUAGAAAUAGCAGCCCUGAUGAUAUUCUGGAAUUCCUGUCCCCAUUCCUGAUGUUUUCAAUUCUCACUAAGGCCUUUAAAUGGUGCAGGCCUGCAAUCUGCACUCCAGACCAGGCUGUUCCAUAGCAGAGAUGGGCAAAUCCACACUCUUUGGAAUUUUCAUGGAGUUGAAUCAACCAAUGCACUCAUUAUUCAUGGGCUUUCAGCAAGAAUGCAUAAUGAGGCUUUGCUGGGAUCGCAGACAUCUGUUGGACUGUUGAAACAGUUGAGCCCAGGGAGAAGGUUGUUUGAAUGAUAGCUGUGGCUUCAAGAUCUAUUGUCCAACUGCGCGAUCUUUAUUCGUGUAAAAUAAAGUUUCCAAGUACUAGAAUUUUUGCUUUUGAUAGUUUAAAAGAAUGGAUCAACACUUUUACAGUGGCCUCUAGUAAAAUGAUUUUUUUAAAAUGAGGUGGAAAAUUGUCAAUGAAUGACUGCUAUUUUUAAAACUUAUUUUACACAUCAUGUUGUUACUAUUAAAUCAUGUGACACAGUAGUAACAUCCCUACUCCUGGGCCAGAAGCUCCAGGUUUGAGUCCCAUACCAGAACUUGUUGGUCUUGGAAGAUGCAUUCAUAACAUGGCCAGACAGGUUGAUUAUCAGCAUGUAAAUCCUUUGAAUAUGUCUGAUGACAGGUGCUAAGGAUGGGAGAUGUUCUUGGUCUUGGACAACCCUUGGAAAUGAAAUGGGAGGAGAGAUAAAGAAAAAGAUUGUCAUUGCUGGAUUCAUUGAUUCUGUGCAGUAUGUGGUGAGUGAAUAUGUGUAGAAGUGCCAUAGCUUUGCCUGAAGGUCAGUGGAUUGUAGGGGGAGGGAAAAUGAGGCAACAUAGGGGAAGACUGGUUAGGUUUUUUUUCUCUGGAGCAUAGAAGAUUAAGAGGUGAAUUUAUAGAAGUUUAUAAAAUUGUGAAGGGGAUAGAUGGGUUUAAUGGUAGGGGCCUUUUCCCUAGGAUGGGGGAGUUUCAAGACUAGAGGACAUAUUUUUAAGGUGAGAGGAGAGAGAUUUAAAAAGACAUGGGGAACAAAGUUUUUGCACAGAGGUUGGUUCACAUGUGGAGUGCACUUCCCGAGGAGAUGGUGGAUGUGGGCUCAAUUACAGUGUUUAGAAGACAUUUGGAUAAGUACAUGAGUAGGAAAGGUUUGGAAGGAUAUUGGCCAAGUGCAGGCAGGUGGGACUUGUUUAGUUUGGGAUUAUGUUCAGGAAUGGGCUGAUUGCCCAAAGGGUUUGUUUCCGCGUGUGUGACUCUAAUGACCCUUAGUGCUGGGGUAAACCUUGAUGUGGGGCACAUGAGGGAAGAAUGCUGGGGUGCAUCCAUUAUCAUGGAGAUCAUAAAGGAGUCGAGAAGUGGGUGUUCUUACAACUGGAAUGAAGUCCCACAGCAGUGAAGUGGGCUCUGUAAGCAGCAUGCCUUAGCAUCCAAAAAGCCCUGUGGCUGCCUUCCAACUCUUUCCCGGGUUAGCUGACCCCACCCCAACCAAACAAAAAUCCUGUCUACACUUGCACUUUCUUUCAAGGUGGGUGAAGUGAGCCAAGAAUUUUCUUAACUCUUGCUACCUGCCUCAGAGAUGAAAAUUCAUGCCAUUACUUCUGUUUUCCUCUGCAAUGAUGCUGUCUGACCCAAGUACUUUCAGUAUUUUCUGUUUUUAUUUCAGAUUUCCAACAUUUUCAUUAUUUUGCUUUUCCAUGACAGUGUUUAAAUGAUACAGGAUAUUUAAGAUAUGUGCAUUCACCCAUUGAUCUGCAUUUUUAUUAAAUUUUGUUAACAAAUACAUAUACCAUGUAAGCAAACAUUUACAUAAUAGUUAUUUACAUUUUUAGAAGUAUUUAGAGUACAAUUAAGGGAACAUUAAUGUGGCAAAAUAUUUAUUCUCUGUUUUCUUUAAGUGAGACAAUUGCAAUUUUUAAAACUCAAUAAUAAGGUUCUACUGAAUAAAAUGUGCUUAGGUACAUUAACCAGAAAUGUAUUCAUAUCCUUUAUGCAUGGGCUAUAAUGUAUAACAUAUUGCAAAUUUUUUUAAACAUACACAGUGUACAACAGGUUUGAUAUGUGUGAAGGAUUACUUGUAACCUUUCUAACAUUCUGUACAGUUGUGUUUUAGAAAAUGUUUUGCCUGUAAAACACAUACAGUAGAGUUCUAUUAUUAAUGUUGCCAUUUUAUUCAUCCACAAAAUAAGUCCCUAGAUGAAUAUUAGAGGUGAAUUGUGUUCAAAAUGUAAUGUUUUGUUUGGAAGAGAAACAAGUUAUAUAUCGGUUUUUUCUCUUGCAGAGGACAGAGAGUCUGAAAUUAUGAUCCACUGUGAAACAAUUUAGGUGGUAGUACUGUGUAUUUGUGAACAUGCCUUUUGCCUUUUUGCUCUGCUUUAAUGUCGACCAUCUCUGUUUAUUUUCCAUUUCGCUAUGCUUUGCCGUAAAACACUCAGUGGUUGGUUAGUGCCAGAGUUUCAUGGAGGAAUGGCCUUUUACUCCAUGAAUAUAUCAGAAGUCAAUGGUCCUCUUUAACAUACAAUGAAUUUUCAUUUUCAAUACAAAAUCAGAGAAGAUGGCACAAUGUAAUUGAGUCGCCUGCUUGAACACAAGUGGAAAAAAUAGUCAGGAUGUACGUGGAAUUGUGGUGCUUUAACUGUCCUGCAAACAUAAUAAGUACCACAGGUCUGAGGCAUGUUUAGUGUCAAAAAAGACACGCUUUUCAUGUUUUGUUUUUGUCAGUCACAUUUCUGACACGCAAGGAAACCAACAUUGUUUUUGGAACCUCUAAUUCAAGCGGUCCCUUCACCUAUGUCCAUUCUGUUUGAUGGUGUACUUUCCCAAAGUAUUGAAACAUAUGUCACUUCUGUGAAUCAAAAGGCUAUUCACAUUUGCAAGAGUGAGAGUAAAAGUAUAAUGCUGACACCUUUUGAUAUUUAAGAAUGCAUCUUCUUCCACCCAACCUCUGGGUAAACUCUUUUAGCAGGUGUCAUUUCUCUUCGUAGAUUUCAUUUUGUCAACAUUCUCAUGUGAAGUGCUUUGUGCUGUGAGCCUAAAUCACCAUCUAAAGUACUCCAUGAUAGAUUGGAGUAGAUUGGAGUCCUUCUUUCCUGUAGUACUUCCUCCUAAUGACAUUUACAUAAUAGUUUUGCCUUGGAGGACAUAUAAAUUGGAGGAAAAAUGAAAGUUGUAAGCAAAGAACUCCCUAAUCAUGAAGAAGGAGUAUUUUCAGCACAAAUCAUAUUGAUGUCAAUGAAGAAAGGUAUUAGUGUCAGAAGGACAGUUCCAAGUCAUUGGUGUUUCCAAUCACAGAUCAUUUUCCUUGAUUCCCUGUGACUGGAGCAGCUUUUAUAAUUGCACAUGAUUACUGUCACCAGCAGUGAUCCUAUAGUAGAGUCUAAUACUUCCCAUUAAACAGAUUCAUGAGAACUUUCAUUCUGAUCAGCAUGUUUUAUUAAACCUAUGAUAUUUGGGCCUUUAUUAUGGGUCAAUAGACCUUUGAAGUUCCAUUGGGAUAGGCAAAUAAAGGAAACAAACUUGAGACCAAUUUAGGAAAAAUUAUGGGGAGAUGCUUUCUUGUUGACCUCAUCCAUCAAGCAAAAUUCAAUGAGACUUCAAUAAACCAAGUAUUUUUAAAAUCCUAGCUAGCCUUAAGACUACUAUUUACAAAUGGGAAAUUCCCUCCCACUUUAGCAAUCUCUCCAAGUAUCAGAUAGCUGUUUGGAUGUUGUUUCCUAACAUCUAACCAAAUUCUUUGCAAAGACAUUCAUCUGCAUAUUUCAAUGUCCUACCACAUCUGUCUUAAGCAAUGUACUCAAAUGGAGAGUAAUUGUUUCUUUAGGUUCUAAGACACCAUUUCUUCAAUAUAAAUAUAUCCCAACAACUCAAGCAUCAUCGCAAUUAAAUCAGCCUAUGACUGCAUUUGGUUUGGCUUUUUUGUUUUAUGUUGACUUGCUGUGUGUUUGGACCAACAUUGGAUACAUUAUUUACAUACAGCCAUUCAAAAGCCUGGUACACUGUCGAGAUAUGCAGUAAUGUGUGGCAUUGUUCUCAAACACCAAAUCAAACCUUUGCCUUCCCAAUAACAUUAUCGUGGUGCUUCUUAAAAAAAAAAGUAUCAUCUGAACUCCAUAUUUAUUCUUUGAUCCAUUAUUGUGUGAAAAUGGACACUAAUUUCACAGGUAAGUUGUAGUUUCCUUAAAGAGUGUCUUUGACCUGACUGAGUUAUGUAAUGACAUUGCUUGCACAUAGAUACUGGAUACAAAUCAAACCAUGCCCCAAAUUCUUUCAUGUCUGGUCAUAGCCUCUUUUAUAUUCCUUGUUCCAAUCCUAUUCCGGAACCACCCUAUAACUCGUUCUCUGAUAUAUCGGUGAUAUCAUCGGUACUGCUUCCCUCUCUUGUAUGCAAUUGGAAAAGGCCAUUGAUUUUGCGUCCAAUUUUCCACCCUGCCCUCACUUUAACCGCGUCUGUCUCUGAUUUCUCCCUUCCCUUCCUCGACAUCUGUUUCCAUUUCUGGGGAUAAACUGGCAACUAAUACCCACUAUCAACCCACUGACUCCCACAUCUACCCGGACUAUACGUCCUUGCACCCUGCUUCCUAUAAAGACUCCAUUCCAUUCUCCCAGUUCCUCUAUCUCUGUCAUAUAUGUUCUGAUGAGGCCAACUUUGACAAAGGAGCCUCUGAAAUGUCCACCUUCUUCUUCAACCCAGGAAUUCCCAGCACCGAUAUUGACAGGGCCCUCAACUGGGCCUGACCCAUUUCCCACAAUUCUGCCCUCACCCAUCUCUUACUGCCUGCAACAAUGGUAGGGUUCCCUUACUCUCACCUACCAUCCCAUCAGCAUCUACAUCCAGAAGAUCGUUUCUGUCACUCCCAGCAAUAUGCUACCAUCAGACACAUAUUCCCCUCCCCUCCCUUGUUAGCCUUCUGCAGUGUCCAUUCCCUCCAGGACACCAUUUUCCACUCUUCUUUCGCUUCAUACCCCUACCUUCCCACUCCCCCAACCCCGGCCACAGCUGCACAAUCACCUGCAGUUCCCGGAAUCUAGUCUACUGCAUUUGCUGCUGACAAUGUAGUCUCCUUUACAUUGGGGAAACCAAGUAUAGACUAGCUGACCACUUCACACAACAUCUACAUUCUACUUGCAAAAGAGACCCUAAGCUUCCAGAUUCCUGCCACUUUAACACAACACCCUGUUCCCUGUCUAACAUCUUUUCCUCAGGCCUGUGCAGUUUUCUAGUGAAGCUUAGCACAAGCUGGAAGAACAUCACCUCAUUUUCUGCUUGGUGACCCUGCAGCCCUCCGGACUCAAUAUCAAGUUCAACAAUUUUAGGGCCUGAACUUUCCCAUGUCCUAGCCCCCAACUCCCAUACUCCAGGCCUUGUUAUCACAGAGCCUGCCAUUACACACCACCUGUUGUUAGUCAUUAACCGUCUCCACUAACAGCUAUUCAUCCUUCUAGCCAGAUUGUUAUCUACUCCUUGGUCUGUCCAAUUGCUCGUCUCUCUCUUUGUGCUCUAUUCCCACCUACCCCCUCCCCCACCCUAUCUUCUGUAUAUAUACUGACAUUUUCUUAGCUACCAUCAGUUCCAAGGAAGGGUAACCAGACCUGAACUAUUUAACUCCAAUAGUUAAUAUGAUGCUGCCAGGCCUGCUGAGUUUUUUCAGCAUACAUGACUCCACAUGGCAUACAAAUUAAGAUCAGGUGUAAGCCCCUUUCAUCCAGUUCUGCCAUUCAGUAAGAUCAUGGCUGAUCUGAUCAUGACCUCAACUGCACUUUCCUUCUUACCUUAAAUACCCUUUAGUCAAGAAUCUACCUCUGUCUUAGAAAAAAUAUUAAAUUGUUCUGCCUCUGCCACUCUCUGAGGAAGAGAGUUCCAAAGGUGACUCUUUUAAAUUCUGCCCCUAAUUCUAGCCUCCCCUUAAAAGUACAUAUCCUUCCAGCUUCCACCUUGUCAAAUCACCUUAGGAAUUUGUAUGUUUCAAUAAUAUUGCAUUCUUCUAAACUCCAGUAGAUACAGGUCCAGCUAGUCCAAAAACUUUCCUCAUAAGAUAACCCCCAUACCAGAUACCAGCCAGGUAAACCUUCCACUUGUUUCCUGUGAGAUAGAAAAAUAAAUGUGCUGUUACAAAAAGAAAGCUCCAAUCUCUGACUUCUAACCAUCACAGUACUGUUAUUCCAAAAGAGGACUCCCAUCUUUACAGGGAAUUUCUCUGCAUUCAUCAUAGAGUAAUCACUAAAGAAAGUUGUAAAUGUUGUCCAAGCAUCUUGAAGAUGUUGUCCUCACUGCAUCAGAAGAGGAUCUGUGCCUCUCUUGAUCAUACCAAAUGAUGUUCCAUGCAUUAAGCACAUUUCUGUCAGCCUUUAAACUCAAGUCUUAAAUCAAAUCUCUUUAAAUUCUGCCCUUCAAUCAAAUUCAAUAAGAAAAGUUUGUACUGUGACUUGCCAAUGAAGCUUACAUGCUCAGAUCUCUCCCUUUUUGUCUGGUUGUACAAGUGAACCUACUCAACAGAAAGAGCUGCUGUCCAAACUAAUGUAGUGUCAAUAGCUUGUCCCAUGUGAAAAUAAAACUGCACUGACAUCGGAAGUUUAUGUUGUUUACAAAUGGAUGCCUUCACUGAUAAGCAAUCUCAGACCUUGUCAACUUGAUCACUUGCCACACAAAAUAUUGUGCACUGUGGUCUGGAAAGGGUGUAUCUGAUUGGUAUACUUCUCAAAUUGACAGCGUGUAGACAUUAUAAUCAGCAGUUGCAUGACCUACCUUGCCAUAAUUUCCAAGUCCUGCACAGAUUAAUAGCACUGGAACCAAAGAUUUAUGCAGUAUACAUUGGAAAUUUCCUCAUUCAUUCUCUGAUUUGCCACUAUAACUUGAAUGGAAACCCCAUAUUGACAUACAAAUGAGAUUCCUGCCAAUUUUCGUCAAUUUACAGAAACAGAUUUGAACAAUUUCCAUAAGCUCCAAAGAAAAUUUAAAUGCUAGUGUUAAUUUUUUUACAAGUAGCACAAUUUAACAAGUAUUUUGCCUUUUACAUUUCUUCUCUGUUAUUACCCAGAAGGAGUCAUUAAAAGAUGAUAAUGUGUAGUUCAUCCCUUUCUUCACAUCUCGUCACAAAGAUUAUCUAACUCAUAGCAGAGAAGAAAUCAAACCACCAUAGUUACUGAGAUAACAAGGUGUUGAGCUGGAUGAACACAGCAGGCCAAGCAGCAUCAGA